ACCGCUCCAACACUUCUCUCCUUGGAUCAAAAGACAUACGACUCUGAAUUCCCAUCAUUUCCAACAUCUACUCCGGUCGUCCAUAACUACUCUCAAUAUGCGUUUCACAAACCUCCUUCCCGCUGUUUUCGCGGCCUCAGCUUCCGCCACUACCUUCAUCGGCUUCGUCGACAACGCCUGUCAGAGAGCAGACGGAAGCAUGAUUGAAGUCAGCGCCAAAGAGCUUCAGAACAUCAUCGUCAAGACGUUCCCAAGCGGCCAGGCAGUCGGUGAGGCCCACCGUGCGUGGGACACACCCGACGAUCGACUACGCUGUCCCUCCAACGCAGACGAUACAUACAAAUGGAUCGAUAUUCCGCAGUGGCAGGCUGGUAGCGCAUCUGGUCAGCCGUCUCAGGGCGGCGCGUUGGCGGUGACUUACUACAAGGGUACCGAUACGUACAGUGUUUGUAGCUAUUUGGCUGGUGUGCAGCCCAAUAGGUAUGCUGGUAACUGUAAAGUUCAUUACCCUUGGGCGCCUGCUACCCCGCCUCACGAGUAGGCGCGUGGUGUGAUGUAGUCUUUGGAGGGAAGGUGGUGUCGAAUGGUGGUAUCUGGCUUGAGGCAUUCUUGUUGAUUUUUUUGAUGGAGAGAAGGGUCGAAUUGGCUUAGGAGAGACGUUGAUGGUGGUGGUAAUACAUAUUUUGAGUGUUAAUAUAAAAUGAGUUCCA